ACGACUUCCUUCUUCCUCUUUUGUAUAAUAUAAAGCAUUCCUGUUGGAAAGAGAGACAAGUUUUUCUGCGUUUUGAAAAUCAAAACCUCCCAUGAAAUAAUAUAGACUACAACCUCCUCACCAUUACAACCCCUUCAGAAAUUUACAACUUUGCAAUGGACCGAGACCAGUGCUACACAACAGAAGAACCUCAGUUAGAAACUCGAACAGAUAUUACUACAUUUUCUGAAAUCACUCAGUCAGAUGAAGAAGAAAAUGCAAUUGAAAUUGCAAAUUCAUUUCCACCAGACAAUGAAAAUCCAGAAAAUGUUGGCCUUCCAGAUACCAGUGAGGCCCUGAGCCCUCACUCUUCAAUGACAACUAAGGAGCUUCAAGAAUACUGGGGAAAUGAGAAACGCCGCUAUAGACAAGUCAGACUCCUUUUUGAAAUUCCAUCAGCCAGAAUUGUAGAACAGCACUUCUCUAAAUAUGUGAUGUACAAAGUCAUUGUCAUCCAGACAGGUAGUUUUGAUGUCAACAAAUCUGUCAUUGAGCGUCGUUAUUCAGAUUUUGAAAAACUGCACAAAAAUCUUUUGGAGGAUUUUAGUGAAGAAAUGGAAGAUGUGACCUUUCCUAAAAAAACUCUGACUGGUAACUUCACAGAGGAAAUAAUCAAUGAGCGAAAAUUAGCCUUCAAGGACUACCUGAGAAUUAUGUAUUCCAUGAAAUAUGUCCAGAGAUCCAAAAAAUUUAUAGACUUCUUCGUGAGACCAGAGCUGGAGGAAGGUUAUGGGUGUCUGAGAGGAGGACAAUACGCUAAAGCUUUGGAAAUACUUGUGCAAGCAAUUGCUUUGCAAGAAAAAUUGACAAAACACAACCCUCUUUUAAUAGUCUCUACACUCUGUGCUAUUGUUGUGUGUCACAAAGACCUGGAGAACCCACGAAGUGCCUAUGAAUAUGGAGAAAAGGCUUUAUUACGCCUACAGCUGCGCACCAGCCAUAAGUAUUAUACCGCAUUGCUAGAGACAAUGAUCACUUUGGCAUAUGAACUUGGGAAGGACUUUGUAUCCUUGCAAAAGAAACUGGAAGAAAUCAAGGCAAAAAGACACCAGGCAAAAGUAUUUACCCUAAAAGAACUUGCAGUUCGAGAAUAUGUACACUGAGUACAAGAAAAAAAUUAUGCUUCUAUUUUAUUGACUACGCUGAGUCAAUGAAGACAACGGACUCCAAAGUGUGUUCCUAAAGCAGUUGAGCCUGAAGCUUAUAAAAAAAACUUACAGCAAAAGUUAGGACUAUGGCAUUUCCAGUAUAUAAAAUGUAAAAGACACGCAGUCACGUUUCUUGCAUAUUGUAUUAGCUACAGUCCAAGGUGCAUAUGGUAGACCCGGUUGGCAACCAGAAAGUGACUGAUAUGCAUGGGGUUCUGCUAAUCUUGCAAGCCCAUCUCAGUCAACACCUGAACAUCAACUUGCUUCACCACUCUAUGUAGUAGACAGCACAAACCCAGGAUUAAAUGGUUUAAAUAGCAGCCAGAAUGUACAAUCAGCAGCUUGAUUAUUUAAUUGCUUUUGCAAGGUUCUAGGUACUAACAAGCAGGCACGGCCUAAACACACGGUGUUCUAGAAGGAACCACAAGAGGCACUUGAUUUUAAGCAGGGUCUUUAAAAAUAAACAGAAGCCUGGAAAUGUCUUGUGUUAUUUGCACAUUUAAAUAGGUACCCAUGUUAUGGCUUGCUCAGUAUAUAGUACCAAGAAACACCAAAGUUUCCUAAAAUGGAAAUAAAUGUGUGAACUGUUUUAGCUUGUUCAUUUUUUACAGCAAUUUGUGCAUAGCCAAUUUCACUGUCAUCUCUCUAAUCCCUCAGAAUAGGGCUGCUAACAUAGAGGAGUCCCUAAAUAUGUGUGGAAUCACAGACUUUAUUCUUUUUUUGCUAAAAUUCCUUUGCAAGAGAGUGUGUGCUAACCAUAGGAAAACAUUUCUAGAAGAAAUAAAAAGAAACCUUCAAAACAUGCUCUUCAAGGGGUGUUCUUUCAGAAAUCAUGUUCAUAUUUCCUGCGCCUGUGACUGAAGUAUUGUCAACGAGCAGUCAGCCAUUUCCAGAUAUGUAAUAUCAGGUGGUCUUAGCCUGCUGCCACUGAGGUUAGCAGUUGUUUUACAUUUAAUUUCAGUAGGAGUAUGACUAUGCCAGUGGUCAUCUUUUCACUGGCUUUAGGGUUUAUAUUUAGUAUCCUUUUGUAGCUGAUACGAUUUCAUAGCUUGCAUCACAUUCCCUUUUUUGAGCAAUUUUUAAAUGCAGCUUUGACUUGAGUGAAAAAUACAUCCCACAUGUAAGGUGAUGGAACAUCUGGCUAAUAAAAUGGUAGCUUUAAUACUGAUAGUCAAGCUGUGAGACACAUGGUCAACAGGCAAUCUAUAUAGAGCAUGAGUUCCUACCCAGACUUCCAGAGUUUGGUGUAAUGUGUACAGUACAUUACUUUUAAAGUCUAUUUGUAUGAGAGAAAUGCCACAAGCUGGCAGUGAAGUUUCACUGCUGAUCAUUUCAGGAACCUCACAUACAGGUACAGAUAUGGAGCUUGCCCUAGUCCUGACAUUUCUGUGAAACUUCAUGACAGUUGGGACAAUCUGUACUUGCCGACGCUUGGAAGGCAUUAUCUUUACUCAUCCAUUUUGGUGGUUCUCUCAGAAGUGCUAUUUGCAUAAUUAUGGAAUCAUUUUUAAUAUUGUAAUAAACUGGUUAACGUUUGUGUGGACCUCCUCCCUCUUCUGAACAUAAUCAUAAUGUUUCAGCUUGCUUUUGGAUCAGGAGGAAAUGUAUUCUGCCUUUGUUUUUACUCUUUAGCUGUAAGGUCAUUUUUCUGUAGCUUCCAUAAGUACAUGUUAUGAGCUGUUAUAGUAUGUCUAGCUAGUGACAGUGAUCUGAUCUUCAUUUAACACAAAUGGGAAAUUGGGCAAUAAUGAAUUGUAAUCCUAGUAGUUAUAGUGCAAUAUUUAAAAA